CCCUUCAAAAAUUGAAUCCGUUGAAACUCGAAAAAGUUGAAAUUGGUUAAAUAUAAUUAAUUCUCAGUAUAUUUCUUUCAGCAAUUUUUGAGAACUUGAGAUUGCUCAUUAUUUUUCUGUGAGUUAUUCGUUGUGUCCAAAUUAUUAACAAUAAACAUGGAGAGAGUGCAAGCUUAUAUGGAGAUUUUUAUCAGCAAUUGGAAUGGAGAGUUUCCAAACUAUCCUCUGACUGCCGCCGAUCUAAAAAAGCCUCAUGCCGUGAUGGGCGCUUUGUUUCAAGUGUUUGACCGGUUAGGCAUCGACAGGGAUGCUGUUUUAUCGCCCCCACCGGAAGAAGACCGCAACGAUCACACAAUAUACUACUGGGACCUAGUACCAGUCAUCAACAUGACUCGCGUCAUUAACCAUCUCGUGUCCGUCAUGCCACAAGUGGAUGCAACUAUCAGUGUGACCCAUUUCCUGCAGCCAACGUCCACAACGUCCCACUCUAUCUUACUUUUGCUGUUUAAUUUGAUGGUCUUCAAUGAAGAGCGUUUGAGGACUAUUGCACCUCAUGAAGAGGAGCUCUUUGCUAAGACUGAUCAGGUGAAAACAUUAGAAGAUAGGAAGAACAGGUUACUUGAAAUGUUGAAUGAGCAAGCAGAAGAAAAAGGCAAGCGUCAAGAGAGACUGGAAAAGUUAAAUGAAGACAUAAAGCAGUUUGAAGAUGAGCUAAAGCAAGAAAAGGAGGCUCAUGAUGAAGAAAAACAAGAAUUAGAGGCAAUAUUGAAAGAGAAUCACCAGAUUGAGGUAGUUUUAGAGCAGAAAAAAGGUCUCCGAGAUGCAAUCCUGGCUGAGGUGGCUCGGAAGAGAGCUUUGAGGGUGUAUGACGCUGAUGAUAUCAAGGCUCAGGCAGAGCAAGCGGCUCAGAAUGUUCAAGAGGCAGAAGAGAAGCUGAAUACUCUCCGUGCUACAUUAAUGCAGAAGGAAAACAGCUUGAAAAAUCUGCAGACCAUCAAGCCUAGUUUAGAUACGGCUAACAAUCUUCUGCAUGAGAUUAUGAAGUUAUCAGACAGUCUGAAGGAUUACGAAUCAGGUGAUCUGGACUCGGACAGCAAGGAGGGUGAAUUAGAUGUGCUGAACACGGAGUUAUCGGAGUUGCAAGUUCAGCUCGGGGAACUGAAGGCAGCCCGGGAGGAGACCUGCCUCAAACGGCAGGAGAGCCAGGCCAAGAGGCAGCAGGAUAAAACUCUAGCGCAGAGCGCGUUACGAGAUGCAGAAGAAAAGGACAAAAAAUGCCGCGAACGUUCAAAGAAAGCACAACAGCGCACACAAGAGCUCAAGGAGGAAACUGCUAAAUACGAGGCCAGCAAGUCGGAAGGGAUGGAGACACUAGCUAAGAUGAGAAACGAUUUCAUUAGCGAGAUCAAAUCAUUGGAAGAGGCAUUAUUGAAGAAGGUGACAGAAGCAGAGAAGAGAAUAGAAGAUAAACUGCGUAAUAGGAACUUGUGAUAAGUGUAGGUUCUAAGUUAAUAUUAUUUUCUUGAAUUUAUGAAUAUGAAGAGAAAUAGUGUUGAAAACUGUUCAAACUCAAAAUUAAUGAAUAAAAUUGUUAUUGUAUUUUA